CUCCAACUGCUGAUUGAGAUAGUAUGGCCCCUGUUCAUCUUCUUCAUUUUGAUAUCAGUGAGACUGAACUACCCUCCGUACGAACAACAUGAAUGUAAGUAUGAUGCACCCCCCUUUUCAUUGUUUACGCACACACAUUUCUUCACAAGACACUGAACUGAAUUGCCCCCCACACCCCAAAUGGCUGUUCAACCACUCCUGUUGUUGUAGCCACAGAGACAUUUGGAUUUGGAAUCUGGGGAUGAACUAUGUUGCCUCAUGUAUACAUAUUGUACACUGCCAAAGAUACAAGCCAUUGAUGCUACCGUAAACAAGCUAGCAAUACCAUGCACUAGUAUGCUACAAUGCGAUGUGUAGGCAUUUAUUUUGAAACUGCUACGUGCUGGCCACUCGAGUAAACACACUAAGGAGAAAAAAAACCAAUACAUUUUCACAAUCCAACAGCAGCCUAAUCGUGUUGAACUGUUUAUGAUAUGUCCUUAUCAGGUGUGGAUGCUGGGUGUUUUAUGCGUUAACUGUUACAUGGGGAAUAUUCUGUCCUGCUAAUCAAUUUUCUGGUAUGGGAUGGCAGAUAUACCCCUGUUAAUGUGUUUUUAUCUAAAGCCUGACAGAUGAUUUCUGCCAACUGGGCAUGUAUCCCUUUACCCCUCCUGUACGAAGCCUCCGAUAUGAACAUCACAAUAGAUCCAAUACUACUAAUCACUGGAGCUUUUUUUUGGCAAGAGACAAAACAGAGGCUCUUGUUUGCUUAAGACAAAAUGUCUCUAUGUGAUCAGUCAAAACUGUACAAAUAUAAGUUUGACAGUUUUCUAUUUGAUUCUAACGUUAAUUUGUGAGGUGGCUCAGAUUGCCUUUGUACAUAUCAGUGGCUUUAUGGGGGGUUUAGAGUUUAUGAUGCCUUUAUUACUGCUCUAAUCGCAUUAUCAAGGUUCUAUAUGUGAAAGCUGAUAAAGGUCGCAAGGCCCUCAGAGACUAUCUUUGGCACGGGUAUGGGAAAAGCUUACAUAAUGGAAAUGCACUGGCUGAACCAAAGCCUGUUUUCACCGGAAUGAUACGCUAGAGAAAGCUUCAGUUAGUUAUAUCUCUGGGGGCGGUUCACAGAACAGGAUCAAUAAAGCUGCCGGCUACCUUUUCUAUGCUAAAGCAACUAUUGUUUCUUAGUAUGGGACUUGAUACUCUGCAUUCUUAAUGAAUUACAAAAUUAAGAGUUACAGCUGUGUGUUUAACAAAGUCAAACUGGUUGACUUAUUGAUCCUACUUUGUGUACCCUGCUUCAGGAUAUAGUUGUGUAGGACAAAGCAUUCAUAUAGCUACUAAUAACUAUUAUCAAUGGGAUGAACACAUCCCCUGAGAAAUCUUUGUCUACACCAGAAUAUCCGCUUUCUUUCAUUCCCGGAAGCCUGCGCUUUGUCCAUCUGCCAGAAAGCAGAAGCAUUAGCGGGUAAAUUGCUUUCAGUUCCACCUAAAGUCCUGGUUAGGCACCAGGCAGUGGCAUACUUUUGGUGUGAGUCAUACAGCACCUGGGUCUGGGGAUGUUGUGACUGCUCCUACACCACAUAGGAAAGACAUGUUCUUCCUUGCACAGGGCUAACCUAUUGCUUUUGGGGAUGGAUAUUAACCACGAAAAGAAUGGCAAAAAAAAUGUGACAGGGCAAAAAGACUCCAAGUACCCAUUGCUCUUUUUGAAGAUUUUAAAUCGUUUGAGUUGAAUGUGGUGCUAGUUUGAAAACUGCCUAGCUAAAUGCCAUUUAGGAUUCACAUUUAUCACCCACUAGUUAAUUAAGUCAUAAUAUGUGUAGGCCAUUGAUGACGAUCACUCUGAAAAGCAAAAUGUCCGCCCUGAAUCAGCUAAGCAAUUGGCUAUGUGGUGUUAUCUCUUAUCUCUGCUUUGCUUAGUAAUGGGCCAGUUGGCAGUCUUAAGGUUUACUGAUAGCAGGCCUACUUUUUUAACUCAUCACACAAAUAACUGCAAGCCUCUUGGGGAGGGAGGGACGGCACCUUGGGGGGGGGGGGGGGGGGCAAAGGUCGUACAUUGUACUUAGGCAAUCACUCCCUCAUAUCGAUAAGGCCUGUAGCUGCAGAGUGAAGCCUUCAAGAUGGGACAAGAUGUGGAUACGCUGAUGCUAGCUCAUCUGCUGCCAGCCCGAUAAGGCAAUCUGAGAACACACAUCGUUAUCUGUAUCUUUCCUAGACAAAAAUAUAAUUUUGAAACUCUGCAGGUGAUGUUCAAAGACCACCCCAAAUAGAUCCAGUGGGUUGAUAUAGAGGCCAUUUGAUAUAGUCCCCUGUAGCUCAGUUGGUAGAGCAUGGCGCUUGCAACGCCAGGGUUGUGGGUUUGUUUCCCACAGGGGGCCAGUAUGAAAAUGUAUGCACUCACUAACUGUAAGUUGCUCUGGAUAAGAGCGUCUGCUAAAUUACUAAAAUUAAAAUUUAAAUGUCUCAGUAUCAGAUCAAACGUGACUGGAAUUACCCCGUGUUCUCUCCAGUCCACUCUCUGUAGAUAGUGGAUUAAUAGAGUAAAUAUGUCAAAAAUGUCCCCCAAAAAGUGUUUUGUUAUACACCCAGAGAUGUAGUUUUGAAUGUGGUGUAAACAUUAUUGAAUUUCAAAAUACCACAAUUUGUGUCUAAUGACUGGACUGUACGGUGACGUUACUGAUGGUAUCCCUCCCGGUGUCUCCCUCAGGUCAUUUCCCCAACAAGGCCAUGCCCUCGGCGGGCACCCUGCCCUGGAUCCAAGGCAUCAUCUGCAAUGCCAACAACCCCUGCUUCCGCAACCCCACUCCUGGAGAGUCCCCGGGGGUCGUGGGUAACUUCAACGAGUCCAUGUGAGUUCCACCCCAAGCUGUAUCUGAUCGUUUUAAAAACAUGAAUACACUUUAUUUUAUGCUUCGUCCACUUCAUUGGAUUAAUAACAUCAUUGUAUCCAAAUAAAGAAAAUGGUCACUUUAAUGUUUCCUGUAAAUAUCCUAUUUAUAACUUGAAUUUAACUGAUUCAAUUGUAUUCUGUGUUAAUCUGUUUCUCUGUGGAUGUCUGCAGAAUCUCUCGUCUGUUCUCAGAUGCCAAGAAGAUCCUGCUGUACAGUCAGAAUGACCGGAAUCUGGACGGCUUUAAAGGCCUCAUCCAGGCCCUGAAGACACUACAGGCCAACACCAAA